AUGAUCUCCAAAUCCAUCUUCUCGUUUCUGCUGUUGGCGCUCCUGAGCAGCCCUGCCUUUGCGAUAUGGCCUAUCCCCAAAUCCUACCAGCAAGGCAACAAGCCCCUGUUCAUUCAUCAGAACCUGGCACUCUCUUAUAACGGUGGAAACGUAUGCUGGAAUUCCUUCUCUGAGCAUUCCUGUCCCCUUGAUGAGUUCAGUACUAAAUAUGAAUAUAAUGAGCAGCUAGUCUACACUUAUGGCUACUCCCCAGCCUCCAUCAACAGCAAGGAAAUCGUCCAGGCCGGCGUCUCCCGCGCCCUCGCCUCUAUUUUCCAGACCAACUUUGUACCGUGGAGGCUGCACGGCAAGAAUGAGCUUUCGUCCUUUGAGCCCGAUGUCAACCAGGCCAAGUGGAUCAAGUCUCUCGCCAUCACCCAGACCGGCGAGGACAAGCCCGAGACGUUCAAGCCUCUCGCAGGCCAGGUCGACGAGUCGUACAACUUGACUCUCAGCGAGGACGGUGUCGCUAAGCUCAGCGCCGUCACCUCGACCGGUGUGCUGCGCGGUCUCGAGACCUUCUCGCAGCUGUUUUACACGCACUCGACCGGCACCUUUUACUACACCCCCUAUGCGCCGGUGUCCAUCCAGGACUCGCCCGAGUACCCGCACCGAGGCAUGCUGCUCGACGUGGCCCGGAACUUCUACCCCGUCAAGGACAUCCAGAGGACGAUCGACGCGCUCAGCUGGAACAAGAUGAACCGCCUGCACGUCCACAUCACCGACUCCCAGUCCUGGCCCCUGGACCUGCCCAGCAUGCCCGAGGUGGCCCGGGAGGGCGCCUACAGCCGCAGCCAGAUCUACUCGGAGAGCGACCUCAAGGGCCUGCAGGAGUACGGCGUCGCCCGCGGCGUCGAGGUCGUGCUCGAGAUCGACAUGCCGGGCCACAUCGGCUCGCUCAACUGGUCGCACCCGGAGCUCAUCGUCGCCUACGACGCCCAGCCCUACCAGUGGUGGUGCGCCGAGCCGCCCUGCGGCGCCUUCCGCCUCAACUCGACGGCCGUCGACAGGUUCCUCGAGGCCAUGUUCGACGACCUGCUGCCGCGCGUGGCGCCCUACGCGGCCUACUUCCACACCGGCGGCGACGAGCUCAACGCCAACGACUCGAUGCUGGACCCGGGCAUCCGGAGCAACAAGACCGAGGUGCUGCAGCCGCUGCUGCAGAAGUUUGUCGACGCGCAGCACGCGCGCGUGCGCAAGCACGGCCUGACCCCCAUGACCUGGGAGGAGAUCCCGCUCAACUGGAACGUGAGCAUCGGCAACGACACCGUCGUGCAGGCCUGGCUCGGGGACGCGUCGGUCAAGAACCUGACGGCCAAGGGCCUGCAGGUCAUCGACAGCAACUACAACUACUGGUACCUCGACUGCGGCCGGGGCCAGUGGAUGGUCUUUGACAACGGCGCCUCGUACAACACGUACUACCCCUUCAACGACUGGUGCGGCCCGACCAAGGCCUGGCAGCUGGUCUACUCGCACGACCCGCGCGCGGGCCUGGCCGCGGAGCAGGCGGCGCGCGUGCUCGGCGGCGAGGUCGCCGUCUGGAGCGAGACCAUCGACCCCGUCAACCUGGACCAGGUCGUGUGGCCGCGCGCCAGCGCCGCCGGCGAGGUGCUCUGGUCGGGCCGGCUCGACCCGGCCACGGGCGCGAACCGGACGCAGCUCGACGCGGCGCCGCGGCUCAACGAGUUCCGGGAGCGCAUGGUGGCGCGGGGCGUCGGCGCGUCGGUCGUGCAGAUGACGUGGUGCAUGCAGGCGGCCAACUCGAGCGAGUGCGCUGUCGCUGCUGUAACCGGACUGUUUGAUCUUGACGGUGAUCAAGUCAACUGGGGCUACAAGCACCAUGCGCUCCAUCCGCCUCACGUUGCCGCGACGGUCGCCGCCGGCGACCACCGCCUAGCGCGUCGCCGACGCCGCUGUGCUGCCGCUCCGGCUCUGCGUCCGGCCCUUCCUCAGCCUCCGGCGUCUGCCGUUCCGCUUCCCGCUCCCGCUCCCGCUCCCGCUCCCGCUGCUCUGUCUCCGGAGGGCGAGGAAGAGGAGGAAGAUGAUGAUGACGACGAGGAGGACGAGGAGGACGAGGACGAGGAGGACGAUGACGACGUGGAGGACCCGCACAAGGACGAAGAGUUUUAUCGAGGCGAAACACUAACAGCAUAA